CAAAGGGCUCAGUUGCUCUGGUGAUGCGAGGGAGUGUAGGCGCAACGUUGGCAGGACUUGGCUUCUUCCUGGACCGUCCUGUGAGCGUGGAGCAAGUUCUCAGAUUAAUAUUCCCGAGUCGCGCGGUGGUAUCUUUUGAAGACGUGCUGCCUGUGGUGGAGUAGUGUGCUGGAUAACUUGACUGCAGAUGCUCAGUGGAGAUAAAUAAGAGAGGAAAUAACUUGGUGGGUGUUAUUAAAGAAAUCGCGCGGUUAAACUACAGUGGCAGUGUUGAGGUUCACUUGAUUCAAACCCAUCUAGCCAAGGUCAUGGAGGAGAGGCCGCUGUAGUGACCUCCUGCAGUCCAUCUACCGCCAGGGAAGUUGUUGGGUAGAGGCACUGUGGGUUCACCGGCUCCACGCCCUCUGCCCCGGGCACUCACCUCCCGCACCAGCCGCACUGCUCAAGCUCUUCUUUCACCCCUGGAAAACAUUAGCCAGACUGGACACGACGACAGUGGCGCUCCCUUGCCUCGGUGUGUGCCUGGUCAUCACGCCGCCCUCGCCUUCAGGAUCAUGAGAGAGAGGGUUGAGUUGGCAAGGACCGAGAGCAGCGCAAGGCAGCGAGGUGGCGAGGCCCCACCUGCCCUGAGGGGAUUCGCUUGACGGAGAGGAGCGGCCUCCAGCCCUCCCCACGCCCCCGUCACGCCUCCACGACUUUGCUGAGGCGGGAGUUCCGAGACGCUCAAUGGGGAAUAAGAAAAAUAUGUUAUUUAGAAUAACGGGGAAGAAAGAAAAGCUUUCCAUUACCACGAGUGACUGACCGUCUGCAAAACACGGCCGGCGGGGACAAAAAGGAAUUGUGAGGUUCGGCAACAGUUGGUUUUAUUGACUCACAGAACAAUGAGCUUCUCUCAGAUACGUGAACAAUGAACUUUAAGGUAAUACAAAGUAUCUCGUUCUCGCUGUAAGACGAAGAAGGAAGGACAACAGUUAUAGUCACAGAUACACGUAGUGUUUUUCGUGUUUGUGUGUGUAAGUGUGGGCGUGGGCGGCCUGGCCCUUGCGUCAUUCAUCCUAAACAAGACAGUGGGUCGUAGUGUGACAAUGACAGAGGCCACGAGGAAUGGAAAGCACCACCCUCGCCAGGUCCACGCCGCCUGACUUCACUUGAAUACGUGGCUCAACUUUUUUACCUGCUUUUAGAACGCGAACAGUCAUGAAGGCCGAGCGAGGCGCCUCAGUAAGACAUUCCCUCGGUGUAAAGGGUCACACCGUUGGUACCACACAGACCUACUCUCCACCGGGACUCGUAAAGCCUUCUCUCGCCAGGCCGUGCGAGCGGAGAGCCUUCCGGGCUGGUGGCUCCCUCACCUCCAUGUCCAGGUCGUUGCACUACCACUGGGGAUCGAGCCAGGAGCAGCCCACCUCGCAGGGGACACACCACAAGCAGACGUGCUUCAGUUGGCUUCAGGUCUUCCUGACGCUGCUCACUGUGCUGCCCAGCAUGGCUAAAGGUCCCCAGGGCACCUCGCACAACACUCUGGGAGGCUACGGCAGCAGUCUGUUGGGCAAGAACGGCAUCUUCCUCCAGGCCAACCACAGCGACAUCACGGCCCAGGCGGGAGCCACAGCCACCCUCCCCUGCCGCCUCAGCUCCCCACUCGGCGACGGCAUGGUGUCAUGGGUGCGGCGGCGGGACUACCAUCUGCUGACGGUAGGGCGGCAGGUGUACUCGUCCGACGCUCGGGUGGGGGUCAAGGUCUCCAUGGACGGGUCUGACUGGAUGCUGACGGUGCGAUAUGUGGCCCCGCAUGACGCUGGCCUCUACGAGUGUCAGGUGUCCUCCCAUCCGCCCCAGCUGCUCAUGGUCAACCUGCAUGUUGUGGAGGCCCACGCGGAGAUCAUGGGCACACCGGAGCGGUACAUUCACCACGGGUCGUCCCUCAAGCUGGUGUGCCUCCUGAAGGGCGCCACCGAGCCACCAGUGUACGUGUUCUGGUACCGCGGCGAGAGGAUGAUCAACUACGACAAGGAGCGCGGGGUGACUGUGGACAACUCCCGCAAGACGUCCAAGUUGUACGUGGCGUCAGUAUCGCGGCGAGACGAGGGCAAUUACACUUGCGUGCCCUCCAACGCUGCCGCCGCCUCUGUGGUGGUCACCGUCAUCCAGAAAGAAGAAUGUACAGAAGAACGCCAAGGGACCACACAUCUGCUUUGUAUGGGUCGUAGUACUCGCCACCCAUCACUUCAGGCGCCAUGCUGUACAUGGUGCCCGCUAUGGAGCCCGUCAGCCCGUGGACCUUCUUGCUCAGACCGAAAUCACAAAGAGCGACGAUGAAAUGCGGAUGGGUGUUUGAAAAGUGACCCUUCACAAGAAUAUUUUCGAAUUUGAUGUCUCUGUGAGCCACGCCCUUCAGGUGCACGUAUUGCACCGCGUUCGUCAUCUGUCUAAAGAUACACCUGGCGUGCGUGAGAUCAAGGUUGGCAUCGCGAGACCGCAGGUAUCGCUGUAGAGACCCCAGUUCGUACAGCGGCAUGAGUAGCAGCGUGUACUUGGGAAACCUGUACGUCUGCAGGAUGUCAACGAUGUUUUCGUGGUGAAGCUUCGAGGCGCACUCUAACUCAGCCCUGAGCAUGUUGUUUGCGAAGGGCAGAAGAAAGAACCAGUGGUGGUGGAUCACCUUGCAGGCCAACCUCCUCUCGCUGCUUGACGAGGUAGCCAGGUAUACGUAACUGAACCCUCCUCGACCCACCACCUCGCUCAACUCCCACACCUUCCCAUCGUGCACGAUCUCCACCUCCUCAGGAUUUAAACCUUUCAUGAUUUGUUUUCAUGUCGUAAUUAUCAGGAUCUUAAACCAUAUAUCAAUAUGUAAGACCAAUUAAUAGACAAGGAGAAGACAGCUGGAUGAGAGUCAACUUUAUCCUCAUCCUUGUGUGGA